AAUUGCAACACCUAUGAAGUAGCAACAGCUUGUGCCUUGGCUAUAGGAGCAGACAAGUUGAUAUGCCUUAUAGAUGGUCCAAUACUUGAUGAGAAUGGACGUUUAAUUCAUUUCUUGCCUCUUCAAGAAGCAGACAUGCUAAUUCGUAAACGGGCUGAGCAAAGUGAAGUAGCUGCUAACUAUGUCAAAGUUGUUGAUGAAGAAGGUUUCAACUCUCCUGAAUAUAACAAUUUUAAUGGAAUAGUCAAACCACCACCUAUUGGGCGUUUCACAGAAUGGCAUAAAAUAACCUUCCACAAUGGUGUUGGUUUUGAAAAUGGAAAUGGCUUAGAGUCCAGUGAGCAAGGUUUUGCCAUUGGAGGUCAAGAGCGGUUAAGUCGAAUGCAUGGUUACUUGUCAGAGUUGGCUGCUGCUGCUUUUGUUUGCAGAGGUGGUGUUCAAAGAGUUCACUUGCUGGAUGGAACUAUUAGUGGAGUUUUGUUGUUGGAAUUGUUUAAAAGAGACGGGAUGGGAACAAUGGUGGCUAGUGAUCUUUAUGAAGGCACUCGGACAGCAGAGGUGAAAGAUAUUUCUGGAAUAAAACAACUUAUUCAGCCUUUGGAGGUAUCUGGCAUAUUGGUUAAGCGGACUGAUGAUGAGCUCUUGCAAACAUUGGAUUCAUUCGUUGUUGUGGAAAGAGAAGGUCACAUAAUUGCUUGUGCUGCCCUUUUUCCUCACUUUGAGGAGAAGUGCGGGGAAGUUGCUUGCAUUGCAGUAUCUCCUGAUUGUCGUGGUCAAGGACAGGGUGACAAAAUGCUUGAUUAUAUGGAGAAGAAAGCAUCGUAUCUGGGACUGAAUAUGCUUUUCCUGCUAACUACACGCACAGCAGAUUGGUUUGUGAGGCGUGGAUUUUCAGAAUGUUCUAUUGAUUAUAUUCCUGAAAAGAAAAGGAGAAAGAUCAAUCUUUCUCGCAAUUCUAAGUAUUAUAUGAAGAAGCUUCUACCAAAUAAAAGUGGAAUUACUGUUGGUGUAAAAUCUGAUUCAAGUUAGCUCCUCUUUAUGCUGUCUUUUUUCUUAUUGAUUGGAUGCAAUAUAUUAGGUACUUUUAUAAACAUUCUUAUAACAAUAAGGAAUCUGGAUCAUCAGUGUA